AUGGAGGUGAAUAGGACAAUAAUGGUGUGUCAAAAUCCACACAGCUAUGGUCACAAGGAUGUUUGGCACUUAGGCAACCCUCUAGAUUCUCCAACUUCUCUUCUAUUUGUUCAGGUUUCUUUAAUCACCAUGCUAUCACAAGUGAUUGAGGUUUGUCUCAAGCCUUUAGGACAAUCCUCCCUUGUUUCACAGAUUCUUGGUGGAGUGAUAUUUGGGCCAUCAGUAUUGGGACAAAAGAAGUCACUAGCAAAUGCUUUGUUCCCAAUGAAAGGUGCCAUGGUGCUUGAAACACUUGCAUCUUUUGGCCUAAUGUUCUUCUUCUUCAUAGUAACGGUGAAGAUGGACAUUGCAACAAUGUUAAGGACAGAGAAACAAGCCAUAGCCAUUGGUCUCUCCACAUUCUUCAUCACAUUGGCAAUCCCAGGUGGAUUAUCAUUUCUAUUAAAGAACUAUGUUUCUAUGGACAAAAGCCUCUCAGAAGCUCUACCAGUCAUAGCCAUGUCACAAGCCAUGACCGUCUUCAUAGUGGUCUCCGUCCUCUUGACAGAGCUCAAGAUCCUUAACACGGACAUAGGCCGGCUAGCUAUGUCCUCGGCUAUGUCGGCCGACAUUGUUGGCUUCUCAUUGACAGUUCUAAUGUUUGCAAUAAUGCAGAACAAGGGUGGCACCAUUGUGUCCUUUCUUUGGAUAAUUCUGUCCAUAGCUGCAUUGGUAGUUCUCAUCAUUUAUGUCAUGAGGCCGGCUGUCAUCUGGAUGCUGAGGCGAUCAGAAGGGAAGCCGGUCGACGAAUUGUACGUUGUUUGUAUCUUUAUCUUUGUUCUGAUCGCCGGAUUCCUCAGCGAACUUAUCGGCCAGCAUUUCGUCAUGGGGCCUAUACUCUUCGGCUUGGCAAUCCCCGAAGGGCCGCCCAUGGGAACCACUUUGAUAACUAAAAUGGAGACUAUAUGUCUUGGAUUCUUUUAUCCAAUCUACCUUGCUGUUAGUGGUUUGAAAACUAAUGUGUUCAAGAUCAGCUUCCGGUCCUUUUGGAUUGUUGGUGUUGUAGUUUUUGUGGCUUCCAUUGCAAAGAUCGUUGCUGUUAUGUUGCCAGGCAAGUUAUUAACGGAGCAAGAGUUCUCUUUGAUGGUGGUAUUCAUUUUGAUUGUAAAUGCUAUCAUAUCACCGCUUCUAAAGAUGUUAUAUAAUCCUUCAGAACAAUACCAUGCCUUAGGAAGAUGCACAAUUCAGCACACAAGGCGAGAUUCGGAGCUUCGAGUCAUGAUCUGCAUUCACAACAACGAAAACAUCCCUACACUGAUGAACAUUCUAGAAGCAUCCUAUGCAAGCGGAGAGAGCAUGGUUGGAGUCAUAGCAUUAAUCCUAAUAGAACUUCUUGGAAGAUCAAGGCCUCUUCUUGUUGCUCACCAAGAACAUGAAACAUUGAGGUCAGAACCAUGCAGCUCAACUCAAAUAGACAAUGCAUUGAAGCAAUAUACACAACAGAACGAAGGUUAUGCAACAGUUGAGUCCUUCUCAUCGAUCUCAAACUUGGACACAAUGCACGAUGAUGUCUGCAGAAUAGCACUUGACAAAAGAGCUCACAUUCUAAUCGUGCCAUUUCACAAGCGUUAUGAGAUAGAUGGAACAGUUGAAGUGAUUAACAGAGCAAUGCAGAUUAUGAACAACCGAGUCCUCGAAAAAGCGCCAUGCUCAGUUGGAAUCCUCAUUGACAGGGGAAUCUUGUGCGGAUCCUCAUCACUCUUAGUCUCUCGGACAACAUACCACGUCGCCGUGUUCUUCAUCGGCGGCGCGGACGACGCGGAGGCGCUUGCUUACAGCUCAAGAAUGGCCCGGCACGAGAUAGUCCACGUGACGUUAGUCCGAUUCCUGCUCUUCGGAGAGGAGAAUUCGAAGGAGAGGAAGCGUGACAGCGACCUUGUGGAUGAGUACAGAUACUAUAAUGCAGGGAACCGCCACUUUGAAGUGAUGGAUGAAGUGGUUAAAGAUGGGAUAGAGAUGAGUUCUUGUAUAAGAAGGAUAAUUGACUAUUUUGACCUUGUGAUGGUUGGAAGAGAACACCCUGAAUCUGUUCUGCUUCAAGGGCAUGAUCAAUGGAGUGAGUGUCCUGAGUUAGGGACAAUUGGGGACAUGUUAGCUUCACAGGAUUUUGUGACAAAGGCUUCGUUGCUUGUGGUGCAACAACAGAGGGUAAGAGGGAGGGUUAUUAAGAACACUAAUGUGAAUCCUAUGCCACCUCAAAAGGAUCAAAUGAUGAUGGUACCUGAUGUUGUUCUUCCUCAUGAUGAGCUCAAUAGAGCUUCUUGUUCUAUUUCAGUAGUGGACAGAUGA